AAAGGGGCGCGUCUGGACUUGGCACGAAUAGUGGCGCUAGCAGAGAUUGGCGGCCUCUGAGCGUUAUAUAACAUGGCCAACACAGAUCCUUACAACUUCCUCGGCCUCGUUCUGCAUGUCCUGAGUCAUAAUACACAAUGGUUCGCCUUGCACCCUACCUGCCGUGGUGGAAGCGGCAAGCGAUUGCUCUCAUAUCCACCACCACGCUGGUCCCAAAUAGCGUUUUAGCUCUGGCGUCGCGGUCACCAGAGGACGCCACUACUGUCUGCGGGAAAAUGACACUCCACGACAAACCGCGCGAUCUCGAAUAUGCUGCCAAUGCAUGGAACCCGACCUCGGAGGGUUUCCAAUGCCUGACGGUCAACGAAGACGACACGAAUGCGUGGUUCAACGCCCCCUGGUUGUGGGAGGGCGAUAAGGACAAUGUGCACUCGUACCCCCAUGUCAAAUUCCAAUCCUCAAAACUACCACUACCUCUGGCAGAAAUUACCUCAAUGCGCCUGACGGCGAGUUGGAUGAUGACAGCGGGAUCCCUGGAGACAGAGACACCAAAAUUCAGUAGUAACGAGUGGGACGAAAACAAAUCUUCACUGAAUGAGCUUGGCACCGUAGCCAAUGCCGCCUUUGAUAUGUUUCUGGAUGCUGACCUGACAAACUCGACCGAUUCGGUCUUGGCGGGUAUUGAGCUCAUGAUAUGGAUUGGUAGUGUUGGUGACCCUUGGCCACUCAAGACUAAGACGCUAGGCACACAGAAACUCGGCGAUAGAGAGUUUACUCUCUACUAUGGCAAAAAUCAGCGAGACCAUCACGUCCUCACCUGGGUGCCGCAUGAAGACGUAGACGAUAUAACGGAAUUCGACGAAGAUGUUUCACCACUUCUCGAAUAUGUCUGGCGCAACGGCUUGAUUGCAAACUCGACAUACUUGGGCAUAGUUGAGUUCGGGUCAGAGACGUGGCAGUCAUCAGCCAACGUGACCUUUUCAACGGCAAGUUAUAGCCUGACUAUUAACGCCACGGGGGCUUCCUCGUCAGGGUCCAAAAUCUCCCCGCUGCCACUAGGCUGUUGUGAUCUAGACUCGAGCGGGUGGAGUCGGCAGAGAAUUUGCGGUAGAUUGCUGUUAGUUGUUAGUCUUGCUCUGUGGGGCAUAAUAUAAACCCGAGGCAAAGCCUGGUUAGGUAAUAGGAAAUAGCGAGAUAUGCGUCGGCCAGUGCAUAGUGCUCGAAUUCUUUCGUCCAAUUCUUCGGGUGUCCACCUGGCCAGGCAGACAGGUGGCUGACUGAAUCUGACUGCGUUCUAUGAGGAGGAGGAUGAAACGCUCGCAGAUCUGUUGAGGAUAAGGUCCGCAGCACCACCUAGAGCUGGACUAGUCUUGCAAUACACGUACAUAUCGUCUUUGAAUGGGCGGUUAGUGCUCAUCAUUCGGUGUAUUGGUCCGAGCGCGGCUUCCCAGUAAUGGUCUCCAUUAGGUGAUCCAGCAAGAGAUGUGUUUGACUGAGGUGCGUUCUCAAGAACUUGACUAAUUUAGCGGUCGAUGGAUUCGAACACAGGUGGAAAAAUAGCAUCGCGUGAAAUUUUCGCCUUUUUUU